GCCCGCAAGCACACUCGUUAUGGCAACCAUGGAAACCGCGAACGCCCACUACCACAACGGGCACCAGCAGCCAGGCCCGCCGCUCCCUGCUUCACCGACCCUCACGAACCCCGACAUGAUCUUGCCAGACUACGACCGUAGCGACUCCCCCGACCCGGACCUCGGGAGCGCUGAGCGCGCCUCACUCAUGAUGUGGAAAAACACACAUAACACCACGUCACCUCCUGAUAUCCACCAGAUGUUCAUCGCGACGGGUUUGGCCGGGCCGCGCCCAUACGGUCCCUCGGGCCCCGUCACGCCCACAACGCCCAUCAUCUACGGGAACGGAACUAUGCUGUCAGAUAUUGGGGAGGUCACUGAAGUUGAGAGCACGGUGGGAAAACCCUCGCCGGCGCGGACAAAACUGGGCUUACGGAGAUCGGGGUCUCCCAAGCAUGGAGGUGGAAGCGGAGGCGAGCCAGCGCUGCAGUCCUCCCCGACAAUCCACGCGGCGACCGCGAUCAAGAAGAAGUCAAAACAGAGCUUGACCGCCAAGCACGAACGCCGGUCGAGCAUGGAGAGCACCAGCACCAUCACGAAUGGCGAUCACGCGGCCGCUUUCGCCGACUUCGACGAUUCUGUCAGUGUGGGGGACAGCGUGUUUCAAGGAGAUGACGAAGAGAGCAUGGCCUCGUCGUAUGUGGAGGGCACGGCGGCUGUUGAGCCAGCAAGACUGGGGGUUGCAAAGGCGGAUAAUCUUGAUCGGUUGUCUACCUACUCGACGACCUCGUUGAGCCGGCGGGCGGAGGAGAUUUUGGCCAACGCUAAGAGAAGGCUGACGACCAUGGAAGGUAACUUGACUCGCGCGCGGAGCUCGCUGCACUCCCCGUACGGUUCCGAUGGUUCAACACCUUCCCCGCCUUUCCAGCGAGCAGCGACGGCAACCUACCACGUAGAAAAUAUGAUGGAACAGGACGUGGAAAACAAGGCGGAAAAAGUCGUAGAGACCGGCAUGGAGCACGACCCUUCAACUCCCGACCACACCACGGGGCACAGUCGCAUGUCGAGCGAGCUCCUCAUGCGGAAUGGAUUGCCGUACAGGGUGUCGGUACCUCGAUCGCAAAGCGCGCUUGGAGCCGCCGGGGGCUACCGACAGCCGCUCACAGCAUCAAAGAGCGCCGAUCAUAUCCGUGGGAGUAUGGAUGGUGAACCUCAUCGUCCUCUUCACAAAGCCAACUCCGUUAGGGAAGUCGGGCUCAAGCCGCUUACCGAGGAUGAGGUUGCACGGCUUGGAGAAGCCGACAGCGCAAGCCAUAAUGCGAGGUUGGAGGCGUUCCUAAGCCCUACCUUUGGCAGCCCUACUUUUGGGUCUUUCCACAGCGACGGCGGGACAAGAAACCCUCACAGGUCAUCCUCUGCCGCCCAAAUGCGAGACAUCAAGGACCAGAUGAAAGACUUGAAGGGCAAAAUUUCAAAUUUGCGAGAGCAAGCCAGAGUUGAUAACAUGAAGAGGCAGAGUCUGCAGAGCCUGCGGACGCCCAGUCCUUUUACGCAUUCGCAAAUCGAUCACUGGUAUACUGAACCCCCGUCAAACAGGGCAUCAGAAGCCAUUGCCGGCGACUUUGCUGACCAAGCCCCCUGGAACGACGAGGGGUUGAGCGUGGAUGGUGAUUUUAAGGAGGUAGCUCAAGACCCGGAUAGUGGGCACGCUGAUGGAGAAGAGACGGAUUACGCCGACGCAGAAGAGGGAAUUCACAUUGAGGAUGCGACCGACCCCGAACCACGUUCUCUUACGCCGAUUGCCGGGCCCGAUGGUGUCGCGGACGAUAUUUCCGACCUGCAUACGGAGAACGGCGAUACGGAAUACCAGGAGGCCUUCCACGAUGCCCCCGACGCCGACGCCAUGAGCGAGAGUGGGGAGUCCCUCUACCAUGACACCGUCCAGCACCAAAUCUCGCACGAAGACCGCGAGGAUGCAUUCGACUACGAGCACUUUUUCUUGCAUAGCGCAAUGGGCACCAUGAGUAUGGCAAGACGCGCCAGCAGAGAGAGCUUCACUUCAGAGGACUCUGUCGAAACUACCCGGGGGCCAGUAGCGACGAGCGGCGACGAGCACCCGCCCAUUUUCGGCAGACGGAACAGCAGCAACUCGAUAUCCACCAUCGACACGUUCGCCACUGCCCAGGAGGCCCGGUCCCUCAAAUCCCCCGUCAGCCCGGACGAUGUUCAGAACCCGUUCGAGAGCCUCUCCCGCGCCACCUCCGCCCAAAGCCACCGGUACCGCUCCGGCAGCACCGCCACAGCCAAACGCCUCUCCUUCAACCCGGGCACCCUCCAUCCCCCGAACUCGGGCCCCGCAACCCGCGACAGCGACGGCUCCAUAUCGCCCAUCGCCGAGGAGUCCUCCAGCGCAGGCUCCCCAGCGGCGCCCCAAACCGCGCGCCGCGCGUCCGUCAUCCACCGGCCCAUGUCGACCACCUCGCAGCACGCCUCGCUCCACCGCCCAUCCACCUCCUCGUUCGACUCGGCCGGCACCAACCGCAGCUUCCCGCUCGUCAACAAGCCCUCUUCCCGGCCAUCCUCCAAGAACGGACCGCCGGCGACGGGAUCUGCAGGGGGGAUGAUGGUGCGCAAGGCGAGCAGCGCCGGCGUGCUCACCCCGCGCGACCACCGCUCCCUGUCCCCCGACACCAUCAGCGGCGAGGCCGAGCUGAACACCCUCGCCAGCCGGCUGAUGCGCGAGAUGGGCCAGCACGCGCAGCCGCAGUCGCCGCCGGGGACUAGCGACGGAACGGGAACGGGAGCGGGAGCGGGAGCGGGAGACGCUGAGGUGGCCGAUGGGAUGGCCAACGGUAUCAAUGGCCUGAUGAUCAACGGCGGCGGCGGCGGCGGCGGCCCGCACCCGCUCGAGGCGCUGCUGCGCGAGGACAAAUACUUGGUUGAGCGCAUCGUGGCCAACCUCGGGCGCUGCGUGCUCGGUCUGACGGAGAAUGGGCGGGCCAGCGCUGAGAGCCGCAUGUAUAGGCGGCGGCUGGAUGCGGCGAGGCGGGUGUUGGAGGGGUUGGAUGGGGAUAGUUAGCCUGUUCUUCUUUUUACCUUUGUUUUGUUUUUGUUUUUGUUAUCCUGACUGUGGCGUUACCUGUGCUGGUUUGGUCUGUUGCCGGCUUGCGGUUUUAGGG